AUGGAAUCAGCCACAAGUAGUAGUUCUGGAGAGGACGUGAUCAAAUAUCUCCGUACGUGGGGUGGUGGAUCUUAUGCUGUUGAUUCGCCAAGCUCAAACGUCGAGAACCCGAAGGAUCCUCAACACCUAUCACUUUUCAACUCUGGGGGGUAUGAAACCAAAUCAAUCCACCGAAGACUCUCAUCCGCUUCCGAACUGAAGCUGAUCAUCAACAUGGUGGUCCCUCGAGUCCUAGUCAUAGCUGGCUCCGACAGCUCUGGUGGAGCUGGCCUCGAGGCAGAUCAAAAAGUACUCGCAGCUCACAGCUGCUAUGCAAUGACCGCGACAACCGCCUUGACGGCGCAGAACACUUCGGGCGUUGAGGAUGUACACGUUACCCCACCAUCCUUCGUCGGCAAGCAGAUUGAUGCAUGUCUCUCGGACAUUGGCUGCGAUGUCGUAAAGACAGGCAUGCUCGCCUCUGCCGAGACGAUCCGGGUUAUUGCGGAAGCUUUGCAGCGGCAUCAUGUGUCGACGAUCAUCGUUGAUCCUGUCAUGGUAGCGACGAGUGGUGCUCAACUGCUACCGGGAGAUGCCGUGCGAAAUCUACGUGACCUUCUACUACCAAUGACCAGCUUACUAACACCAAACAUACCCGAAGCAACUCUUCUACUUCGGGACGCGGAUAUACAAUAUAAAUCUCCUUCCGGGCUUGAAGAUCUGAAAGCAUUGGCGAAAAUGGUCCACGGUCUGGGUCCAAAGGCUAUCCUACUUAAGGGAGGCCACAUGCCAUUGACUAAAGACUAUAUCAAGAGUGGAUCGGAGGAAGAAAAGUCCAUCACGGUCGACAUCCUCUACGACGGCAAUGAUUACACCAUCAUCGAAUCGCGAUAUGUGAGGUCGAAGAACACACAUGGAACAGGCUGCUCCCUCGCCAGUGCUAUUGCCUCUAACAUCGCUUUGCAGAAAUCCAGAUCUCAGCCUUAUGAUCUGGACACAUCGAUACGCAUAGCGGUUCGAUAUGUUGCUGCAGGCAUUGUGACCGCUCCGACAUCUUUAGGCAAAGGAUCCGGCCCUAUCAAUCACUUCCACAGCAUACAGACCCUACCUUUCUCACCAGGCUAUUUCGUCGAGUACCUCCUCUCACACCCCGCCGUUACCCCAGUCUGGCAGAAAUACACACACCACGAAUUCGCCACCCAGAUGGCGCGCGGGACCCUUCCAGAAGCGCUCUUCAAGAACUACCUCAUCCAGGACUACAUAUAUCUAACACACUUCGCACGCACGCACGCUCUCGCAGCAUACAAAUCCAAAACCAUGGACGCCAUCACGGCAUCAGCAACCAUCAUCAUGCACAUCGAGCGCGAAAUGGACCUCCACCUCAGCUACUGCCGCGAGUUCGGCAUCUCCAAAGCCGACAUCGAAGACCCGACACGCCGCGAAUCGCUUGCGUGCGUCGCAUAUUCCCGCUAUGUGCUCGACGUCGGGCAAUCGGAGGACUGGCUGGCCCUGCAGAUGGCCCUGGCGCCGUGUCUGCUCGGCUACGGCGCGACUGCGCAGAGACUGUACCGCGAGAAAGAGAGCGUCAAGACCGAGCAGGGAAACCGCUACUGGCGCUGGGUCGAGAAUUACGUCGCCGACGACUAUCAGCAGGCCGUGCGCGUCGGCAGCCAGUUGAUCGAGAAGAAUAUCGUCCGUCAGAGUCCGCAGCGUAUCGACGAGUUGGUGCGCAUCUUUGUCCGUGCCACUGAGAUGGAGGUUCGGUUCUGGGACUUCGAUGCCCAUCUUGAAGUGUAA